AAGCAUGUGAAACAAGUUUUUUGGUGGCUGUGCCUAAUAUAAAUAAUAAACAUCCAGCAGCAGCAGCAGCAGAAGCAGCGGCAGCAGCAAUGCCCACUUUGGAGCGCGAAAAACCAAAACAAAAAUAGAACAAAAAAACAAAGAAGCAAGCAAGAACUCUCGUAUAUAAUAAACGCAAGUAAAGUGUUGGACGAGUUGCGGAAGAGUCAGGCGGGCGCAAAAUAAUAAUCCAGAGCGGCAGAAAAAAGUGAUGAACAGGCAGAGAAAUCAGUCAGUCAGAACUGAGCAAAGCAGCGCAACAGAACGCCCAAAAAACCCAAACGGGUACAUCAACAAAGGCAGCGAAUUACAGAAUAAAAUAAUUUUUAUUGAGAAAGGAAUUAACUAUACAUAAAACUGUGGCAAAGUGUUGUGCAAAAGCGCAUUAAUUCAUUGAAUUAGCGUUUUGUGAAUUCUACGAAUUUAGAAGAAAUUACUCAAGUAGCGAAGGUGAAUAAUCCUCGAGGAGGUGCACAUACACGCAAACACGUACACACCCUUCAGUUUUGUAGGGGUGCUUUCAUAUGCAAAAGGACGGUGGCCUAUUGAAUGUGACGCGGCAGAAACGUGACGGCGUCAGCGCUUUAACGACUACGACAACAACAGUUCGGCAGUAGCGGAGCAGCUGGACUUCACAUGCGUGAUUUUGGCGUUAUUUAAUCAAAAAUUAUGUUACUAUAAUUUUGUAAAAGCGUUAAUAAGAAGUCAAAUAUUGGAAUGAUCAAAUGUGGAUUUUGCGCUGAUAUUAGCAAGACGAGUGAGGAAGAAAGUAACCAACCAGGCGUUUCUUAUUGGUGCAGUGUCUGCUAGAAACUGCUAGAGAAACAAGUGCGAUUGAAGACUGAGUGAAGGGAAUUUUGCCAGACAUACCAGCAACAGCUAACCUGAGGUUGCGCUGCAAAGGACACGUAGGCACAACGCGAAGUCGGGCAAAAAUACCUACCUACUUUUUACUACAUCAGGAGACCACUUGCUGUAGAGGUGAAAAAGGACAUAUGUGCGACAAGUUAUACUACAUAAAUGAACUGUGGCUGAGCAGACGACGAAAUUGAUCAGAAUCAGUCGAUAUGCAUCUUUAUCAGUGUACAGUUUUGUGUUUUUAGUUUUGGAAUUAAUAUAUUUCUAUUGACGUCAGCAAGCAGCGCGGUGUAGCAGUCAGCGUAUGCAGAAUAACAAACAAAUUUUGCCUAAACAGUGGACAAAGUUGUUCAACACAAAGCAUUAAGCACGCAUAAGACAGCAUUAAAUUUUUAAAUUUAUAGAAUUGAAAAAUAAAUUAAAAAACGACAAAGACGAUUAAACAAAAACAAACAAAAAAUCCCGGCUGCAUUUUAGACUGCAGUAAAGUUUAAAUACCAGUGGAAUCAUAAUGAAAUAAAAAAAAUAAUAAAAAUCAACUAACGUUUAAGCAAAAGUUAACAGUGUUACCGAAAAUUAUCGCAUUUUAUAAUAAUAAUCGUAUCACGACUGAAGAAAGAAGCAACGCGAAAGCUUCAAAACAUAUUUUAUUAGUAGCCACACAAAAAACAAAAACAACACAAACACCAAGAUGCGGUUAUUUCCUGUGCGCUUAUCGAACAUAACAAAAAUGCUCGACAUGUACUCGCAGUUCAAUCCGUCGCCGUUGUCAAUAAAACAAUUUAUGGAUUUCGGCCAAAAUGCAUGCGAGAAAAAAUCAUUCAUAUUCCUGCGCAAAGAACUGCCCGUACGUUUGGCGAAUAUCAUGAAGGAGAUCGCACUACUGCCCGAUCAUUUGCUCAACACACGUUCCGUCAGCCAAGUGAGCUCAUGGUAUGUGCAGAGUUUCGAGGAGGUACUCGAAUUUGAAAAGGCCGAUCCGACACAUAGCAACCUAGAGAAGUUCUGCAACACUUUGGUGCACAUUCGCAAUCGUCACAGUGACGUGGUGCAAACCAUGGCGCAGGGCGUCAUCGAAAUGAAGGAGCAUCAGGGUGGUAGCGUCGAUUGCGGCAUGGAAUCAUCGAUACAAUACUUUCUGGAUCGCCUGUACAUGUCACGCAUCAGCAUACGCAUGCUAAUCAAUCAGCAUACUAUACUAUUUGGUCAGUUCCCCAAUGAACAGGGCCGUCAUAUCGGUUGCUUAGAUCCGGCUUGUCAGAUCUCGUCGGUGGUAAAAGACGCUUACGAAAAUGCACGUUUUCUCUGCGAUCAAUACUACCUGAUCAGUCCGGAGCUGGAAAUUACCGAACAUAAUCCGCAUGAUAAAGAAAACAAACCCAUACGCACUGUUUAUGUGCCCUCGCAUUUAUAUCAUAUGCUUUUUGAGUUGUUCAAGAAUUCGAUGCGUGCCGUUGUCGAGAAUAAUGAUCAGGACAAAUGUGAAAGGCUGCCAUCUAUCAAGGUGCUGAUAGCGGAAGGCAAGGAGGACAUAUGUGUGAAGAUCUCCGACCAAGGUGGCGGCAUUCCACGCUCUCAAACCGAUCAGCUGUUCAAGUAUAUGUACAGUACAGCGCCACAGCCAUCUAAAUCUGAUCUACACACAGUGCCGUUGGCCGGCUAUGGCUAUGGAUUGCCUAUUUCACGUUUGUAUGCGCGCUACUUCCAUGGUGAUAUAGUGUUGUUGUCGUGUGAGGGCUAUGGCACCGAUGCAAUCAUUUACAUGAAGGCGCUUUCAGAUGAAGCCAACGAACUAUUGCCGAUAUUCAACAAGACGAGCUCCAAAUUUUAUCGCGCCACAGUGCCCACCGGCGAUUGGUCAAAUCAGGUAAAACAUCCGAAAAAGAAACCGAAUGAAUUGGAUGUACUUGCUGCGUAAUGAAUGAAUGUGUGAUAUGUGGAGCCCACAAACCACUCGCUCAUCCCCCUCAAUCAUUGCGCUCCCUGUUUUUUUUGUUUGUGUUUUAAAUAACCUGUGGUUUGUCAGCCGCCCAGAAAGAAAUCCCAAAAAUCCAGCUGAAACGCAUUACUAAACGAAACUCUCUUAUUGUGUUCGGAACAAAUUUGAAGAAACUAAUGAAUAACGAAUUUGUGUAAUUUCUAGAAUCAUCGGAAGACAUACAUACAUACAUAAUACAUAUUUACGUUUUUUGUUAUAUUUAGUUAUACACGAAUAAUCGUACACAUCGCAUAAAAUAUUUGGUUACGCUAAAAAACGACAAACAUUUGUACGCACGUAGACACACAAUUAGGAAAUGAUAAGCAAAUUGUGUUUGUUUUAUUUAUGACUAUCGCUUUUAUUUUGAACAAAUAUGUAAAUAUUUGCAUUUGCAUUUGCAUGGAUGGAUGCGCACGUAGGGACUCUACAUUCAAAUAACGGGCGCUUAUGAAAUAAAUUCUUGUUAAUAUUUGUUAGUAAUAGGCACGUUUUUUGUUUUUGUAACCAUCGCUUUUAUAAACAUGAAAAAUUUCGAUUUUAUAGGCUGUUAUAAAGAAAAUUUAUAAAAUUAGGUUUACAUUCCAAAAUUUGUAAAAUUAAAAAAUGAAAAAAAAAAAUUCAAAUUAAAUAGCAAACCUAGGCUGUUUAACAAAAAAAACGUAUGUAGUCAAAAAAUUAGCUACCAACGAGACUUUGAAGCUUUUAAAAUUGUGAUUAGAAGCAAUACACAACAGUGGCGGCCUUAUUCUCUCUCGCUCGCUGCGCGUGGAAUUGCCUUUAAUGCAAUGUCACAUAAAUAUGCAUGCAUGCAAGGUUCAUGUACAAGUGCACAUACAUAUGUUAGUAUGUACAUAUGUACAUAGUAUGCCAAACGAUCGAGUGUUUGAGCAUUUAAGGGGGACGUGUCUUCCCCCCUCUACCGCGCAGCUGACUAUUUUUUUUAUUCUACUAAAUGUCAAAAAUACACACAAAAAAAAUUUGAGCCGGUAUAAAAUGAGUUGGUAGAAAUGUUUUUUCGACACGUUUCGUACCCCGCCAAAAUCACACCCACCGCGGGUGCGCCAGCUGACGUUCACUUUCGUUAUUCAUGAAAGCUAAAUCACAAGUAUAGUCAAGAAUUUAACGGUAUAAAAACGCAGUCCAAAAUCGACCCCUGGCUGCCGGACUAAAAUAUGUAGUUAUGAAAAGAGUACUUUUGUACUGUGUCAAUCCUGUUUCAAGUAGCAGGUAGCAAAAAAUAUGAUAGUAAGUCUUGAACUACCCUAUAUUAAUAAGCAGCCACUGCAAAAAGCUAAGCUAUAAGCAUCAAAAAUAAAAAAAUGUAAAUUUACAAUUUACGAAAAAUGAAAAACGAAAAUUAUUAAAAUUCACUAAGCCAAAAUUGUUAACUUUUUAACUAUUUUAACUAUUUUAACUGCAACUAUUUAUGGAUAUACUAUUUUUUUUAUGUUUAUUUAAGUGAAAUUUUACCUAUAUUUGUUGUUAUCUACGCUUUUACUAUUUAUUAAGAAAUAAACACAAGCAUGCAUACCUACAGACAUCUAUCAAGAAAUGUAUU